AGACAUGACUUACCACUUUUGGAUCUUAGGAUACCGCCUUAAUUUGGAAUCUCUGUAGAUCUAGAAUUGGGGUACCAAGUUUGGGACCUCAGAGAGCUCUAUAAUGAGCAGUUGUGUAAAGCCUGUUGUAAGGAGUGAGAAGGGGCCGGUUGUCCUUCUUCACGGUUUUGACAGCUCAUGCUUGGAGUGGAGGUACACAUAUCCCCUGCUUGAGGAUGCUGGCCUUGAGGCUUGGGCUAUAGAUAUUCUUGGAUGGGGAUUCUCUGAUUUAGAAAGAUGCCCACCCUGUGAUGCUGCAUCUAAAAGACACCACCUUUACCAGCUAUGGAAGUCUUAUAUUAAAAGGCCUAUGAUUUUAGUGGGACCAAGCCUCGGUGCAGCAGUUGCCAUCGACUUUGCAGUGCAUUAUCCAGAAGCAGUUCAUAAACUGGUUCUGAUAAACGCAAGCGUUUAUGGGAAAGGUACUGAGCGCAUGAGAAAGCUGCCUAGAAUGGUGGCCUAUGGAGGGGUCUUUUUACUGAAGAGCAUCCCGUUGCGGACCUAUGCUAUGUUACAGUGUUUUGAGGGCUUAUCUCUAGCCACUACCUUGGAUUGGACCAAGGUGGCACGGCUGCAUUGCCUCUUACCUUGGUGGGAAGAUUGCACGGUUAGUUUUAUGUUGAGUGGCGGGUAUAAUGUUGUUGAUCAAAUUAAAAAGGUGAACAAAAGAACGUUAGUCAUUAUGGGCAUGCGCGAUAAGUUAAUCAGCAAUGAACUUGCAAUGAGAUUGUGCAGAGAGCUUCCAAAUGCCAUAAGCCAUCAGAUUCCAAAUGGUGGACAUAUCCCUCAUGUUGAGGAACCGCACGUCGCCGCAAAGUUGAUUGUUGAUUUCGCUCGAGAUGGUUGCCCUUCAGAGAAGGGAGUGAGUCGCCAUGUGAGCUAAAUAUAUGAAGGUGGUGGUGGUGGUGGUGGUGGUGGUGAUCCAUGGUGAAACACUGCAUAGCAUUUUGAGCCAUUCAGAGGGCAUGUUGUGUUCUUCCUCUGUCUCUCUCAUCCAAAUCUGAACAUGUAUAUCACAUUUCAUUGUCUGUGUGGUGUUUUCACUUCUCAAAUG